UGGUUGAUGGAACACAGCGAGGAGGGAGGUUGCUAAAGUAAAAGGAAAGGGUGUCUGAAUUGAAUACAGUUAUUGUUGGCUUGGCACUCAACCUCACUUUCUCUCUCUAAAUCGCAACCAAACACCUUUUUUCUUGUUAGAGAGAGAAAGCCAAGAUCAUCGCAUCGUAUCAAUGGGUACUCUUCAGUCUUGGCGAAGAGUUUACGGUGCCGUCAAAGAUACCACCAAAGUUGGUCUCGCCCAUGUCAAUAGCGAUUACGCGGAUUUGGAUGUUGCUAUAGUCAAAUCCACUAAUCACGUUGAAUGUCCACCCAAAGAAAGACACCUUAGAAAAAUUCUGUUUGCAACUUCUGCUGUUCGUCCUAGGGCUGAUGUUGCUUAUUGUAUUCACGCUCUUUCACGACGACUUGCUAAGACUCGAAAUUGGACGGUCGCAUUAAAAACACUGAUAGUCAUCCAUAGGUUACUCAGGGAGGGUGAUCCAACUCUUAGAGAGGAAAUUCUGAAUUUUUCACAGAGAGGAAGGAUUCUCCAACUUUCAAAUUUUAAGGAUGACUCUAGUCCAAUCGCUUGGGAUUGUUCUGCCUGGGUACGUACCUAUGCAUUAUUUUUGGAAGAAAGACUUGAAUGCUUUCGGAUUCUGAAGUAUGAUAUUGAAGCUGAGCGUCUACCCAAACCUGCCCAAGGACAGGAGAAGGGACACAGCAAGACUAGGGAUUUAGAUAGUGAGGAGCUAUUGGAGCAGUUGCCUGCUUUACAACAGCUUCUAUAUCGACUUGUUGGCUGCCGGCCAGAAGGAGCAGCUGUUAGCAAUUAUGUGAUACAAUAUGCGCUAGCUCUGGUACUGAAAGAGAGCUUUAAGAUUUACUGCGCUAUUAAUGAUGGCAUUAUCAAUCUUGUUGACAAGUUUUUUGAGAUGCCAAGACAUGAAGCUAUAAAAGCCCUUGAAGCCUAUAAGCGUGCGGGUCAGCAGGCAGCAAGUCUUUCUGAUUUCUAUGAAGUUUGCAAAGGAUUGGAACUUGCUAGGAAUUUUCAGUUUCCUGUCUUAAGAGAGCCUCCGCAAUCUUUUCUUACAACUAUGGAAGAGUACAUUAGGGAGGCACCCCGGGUUGUUAAUGUUCCAAGUGAGCCAAUGCUUCAGUUGACUUACAGACCGGAAGAAGUUCUUGCAAUUGAAGAUGCCAAAGAGCCCGAAGAACAGGUGCCAUCAGAACCUAGUGAUAAUAAUGUUGUUGCCCCCAAUUCUGAGCCUGCACCUCCUCCUCCACCACCAUCUCACAACCAUUUUGACACUGGAGACUUGCUGGGAUUGAAUGACCUGGAACCUAAUGCAUCAUCCAUAGAGGAAAGAAAUGCUCUUGCGCUGGCCAUAGUCUCCACUGAAAAUGGCACUGCAUCGGCUUUUAACUCUAGUGCUGCUCAAACAAAAGAUUUCGAUCCGACUGGAUGGGAGCUUGCCUUGGUCAGCACUCCGAGUACCGAUAUUUCUUCAGUCAAUGAGAGACAAUUGGCUGGUGGACUGGACUCUCUCACUCUUAACAGCUUAUAUGAUGAAGGAGCGUAUAGAGCUGCACAACAACCAGUUUAUGGAGCACCAGCCCCAAAUCCAUUUGAAGUUCAUGAUCCAUUUGCUAUAUCAAGCAACAUUGCUACCCCGUCCACUGUCCAAAUGGCAGGAAUGCAACAGCAAGCGAAUCCAUUUGGUCCUUACCCUCAGUUCCAGCCUCAGCCUCAUCAGCAGCAGCAGCAUAUGUUGAUGGACCCUGCAAAUCCCUUUGCCGAUUCAGGAUUUGGGGGUUUUCAUGCAAAUCCCGUUUCUCACCCACAUAAUAACAAUCCAUUUGGAAGCACAGGCUUGUUGUAAGAAAUAAGAUGCCCCUUUUUGGAAAUGUGAUGUAUUUAAUCAAGUUGUUUUUUUUUGUACAUUUAGAAGUGAGUAAAUUGUUACACGAGUUUACUCAUUUGUUGCUAGAUACAUGUCUUCUGGAAUGGAAGGCGUGCCUUGUAAAAUCAAAGAUGUAUUUCAUCUUUUAUGAUAUGCAAAACGGUGGGAUUGCUAUCUUUGAAUAUUAUAAUCAUUUUAUUAUAUAAUACAUGUUUAUAUUGAGUUGAUUGUACA